AUGGACAUUUUCCAGCUGAUCGCGGACUUCCUGCACCUGCUGGCGAUGGUGCAGCUGCUGCUGGUGAUCCGGACCACCCGCGUGACCACCGGGCUGUCCGCCAAGACGCAGCUGCUGUUCCUCUCGGUGUUCGUGAUCCGCUACUUCGGGUUCCUGUUCGACAGUCCGUUCACAGGCAUCCACAUCUACUUCUCGAUCAUGAAGAUCCUGUUCCUGGGGAUGACGGGCAUGACCUUUUACCUGAUCCGGUUCAAGCGGCCCUACUGCUCCUCGUACAGCCCGCAGGCGGACUCCUUCCCCUUCUGGGUGCUCUACGGGGUGGCCUUCUUCCUGACCCUCCUCAGCAACAGUUCCCUCCUCGGCUGGGCCCGCUCCUACUCCAUCUGGCUCGAGAGCUUCGCGAUCAUCCCGCAGCUGACCAUCCUGCGCAAGACCAAGGAGGUGGACAGCCUCACGGGGCAGUACAUACUGAUGCUGGGACUGUACCGGGCCCUCUACGUGGUGCACUGGUUCUACGCCUUCUUCGCCUACGACAUGCUGAUCUGGGUCAACAUCCUGGGCGGUUCCCUCCAGACCGCCCUCUACCUGGACUUCUGCUACUACUACCUGGUCGCCAAGCAGGAGCAGGGUAAGUUCAAGCUGCCCAUCUGA